AUGACUCUCCAUGACCAGAUUCCAUACAAUCGGUUUGGCCAAGAAUCUCUCGACCCUGCUCGUACAUCAAAGCAUGCUAGCGUUGGGGGAUUCCCUGUUCCUGGUGAGCAGAACCCAUCUGCUACAUCUGUCAUGGUUCAGGACUACUUUGUCAGUAAUAAUACCUGGGAAGAUAUGCGUUCCCAUGGCAAGUUUGACUACAUUGUGAUUGGAUCUGGUUUCACCGCACUGGCCUUCAUUGAUGAGGUGCUGAAGCAUGAUAAGAAGAAGCGAAUCUUGUGCAUAGAAAGAGGUGACAUUUGGCUUCCAACCCACUUCCAAAACCUCCCUCUGCCUUUCAAGACGGUGCUCGGAGGCCCAUCGGAAACCUAUCCCUGGACACUUUCUACAGAGACGUUCAAGACGAAGGAGCUUGGCUUCCUCCAUGGAUCAUGCCCAUUCUUCGGCGGGAGGAGCACCUUUUGGUCUGCCUACACCCCGCAACCUACUCAAGACUUGAUGAGGGACUUUCCAAAAUCCAUGAUUGAUGCGUCCAAGGAGGACGGGUUCUGGCAUUCUGCUGAGAAGUUGCUUAAUGUGAUAUCAGCCGACAAGAUAAGAGACGGCAUUUACUGUGAAAUGCAGAACGCCAUUGAUGACCUUCUCGGGAAGAGACUAGGUCAGAUUCCCACUGCUGAUUCUGUCGGGCCAGCUCCCUUGGCUGUUGGUCCCAAGUCGCCCACAUCCAUCAUGCGCUUCAACAAGUUUUCCGUUCCUGGCCCACUAAUUGCGCUGCACGAAAGUCAGCGCAAACUUGCUGAGACGGAACAAGGACGGCCAUUGGAGCUAAUGAUCAAUUGUACCGUCAGUGGACUUAAGAAGGACGAGGGAGGAGUCGUCCGAGCUAUUGAAACCAGUCGGGGAGUGCUCUCAUGGACUGACGACGAUACAAAAGUAGUUUUAUGCGCUGGAGCCGUUCCUAAUGCCACAUUACUUCUCAACUCGUUCGAGGAGUGUCGUCCCUCACAUGGCAAUGUUGGCAAACGCUUGACAGGCCAUGUCCGGUCAAACAUUGCAGCACGUAUUCCGCGUGAAGCUAUCCAUUGGAAUGGGGAUAAAUCGCUCCAGCUUGCUUGCACAUAUCUUGCUGGAAAAGAUCCGAAUACGCAUCGCCAGUACCAUGUUGGGAUUACUGCCAUCCAUAGUCCCAAUCCAGAGGCCGACGCCGAGGACGCAGGGCGGGAAUGUCCUGACUAUGCCGCAGCCGCAACGGAUGAGCAGCUCAAGGGCUCUGAGAAGCAUAUUGUGUUUGUCCUCUCGGGAUUGGGUGAGCUGGAUGAAGACAAUAGGAAGAAUUGGGUCAAACUGAACAACACGCCUGAUCCUACAUCCAAUAUCACCGUACAAUAUACGUUGAGCCCAAAAGAUAAAAGGAUGUGGGAUACUAUGGACGAGGCAAUCUACAAGACAAUUGAAGUCCUUUCUGGCAAUCAGCCGAAAGUGAUUGAAUACUGGGACGACACAGCUAAUAAAUGGGUCGAGAAGAAACCCGCCUGGGAAUCGAUUCGUGCGCCCGGUGUGGUCCAUGAGGGAAGCACGGCUUUUGUUGGACGCAAGCAGAAAGGUGGCUCAUGUGACAGCUUGUACCGACCACAUGGAAUUGCGAAUGUAUUUGUUACGGGUGGAGCGGUGUUUCCCACGUCAGGAAGUUGGAACCCGACACUGACAAUGUGCGCGUAUGCACAGGACCUUGCAAGGAAGCUUGUGUGUCAUCCGGGCUUGAUCCCGCCGUCUCAGGACUUUGAGGAACCGAACUAG